CGAGGGAGGAUAAUCAAUUGCGUCGUCGCAGGGGACGGAUAGACAUUACCCGGCACUUUCGGGCGUUAAGGACUGGAAACUUCCACUCACGCAGGCGAAGGACUGUCCGCGACCGGCUUCAUCUAAGCGUUGAGUUACUCACAAACAUCUUUACUCUUCAAGUGGAAAAAAGACUGCGGCCAUGUCUGUGAACAUUCACGUCAACAGCCCUAAUGUGAGGUACACAGAUACACACAUUACUGCCCAGUACUCCUACCAGACCGCAUCUGUGCACAGGGAGGGCAACAGUAUCACGGUGAACCCCCGCACCACCGAGAUGACAUUCCGCACUGAGAGGCGUGUGCCCCGGCUGGGCGUGAUGCUGGUGGGCUGGGGGGGAAACAACGGGACCACGGUCACAGCAGCUGUGCUGGCUAACAAGCUGGGUCUCACCUGGAGAACCAAGACCGGAGUGCAGAAAGCGAACUACUUCGGCUCCCUCCUGCAGGCAUCUACCGUUUGUCUGGGAUCAGGGCUCGAGGGCGAGGUCAACGUGCCCUUCCGUGACCUCCUUCCCAUGGUGCACCCUAAUGAUAUUGUCUUUGACGGCUGGGAUAUCUCCUCCAUGGAUCUUGGCAAUGCGAUGGAGAGAGCUCAGGUGCUUGACUGGUCAUUACAAGAGCAGCUGCGACCGUACAUGAGCCGCUUGAAACCCAGACCGUCCAUCUAUGUCCCAGAAUUCAUCGCUGCAAACCAAGAGAGUCGGGCGGACAACGUCCUCACAGGGACCAUGGCAGAGCAGGUGGAGCAGAUCAGAGCUGAUAUAAGGGACUUCAGUCAGUCGAGUGGUGUGGACAAAGUCAUCGUUCUGUGGACCGCCAAUACUGAGCGCUUCUGUGAUAUCAUUCCGGGGGUCAACGACAGCGCGAAGAACCUGCUAGCUGCAAUCCAGGCUGGAGAAGAGGUUUCUCCCUCCACUCUGUUUGCAGUAGCCAGCAUACUGGAGGGUUGCGCCUAUAUCAACGGCUCCCCGCAGAACACUUUUGUACCAGGAGCUGUAGAGCUGGCCAUGCAGAAAGGGGUCUUCAUUGGAGGAGAUGACUUCAAAUCCGGUCAGACCAAGAUCAAGUCUGUGCUGGUGGACUUUCUGGUCAGCGCAGGUAUCAAGCCGACCUCCAUUGUCAGCUACAAUCACCUCGGCAACAACGACGGGAAGAACCUGUCGGCUCCACAGCAGUUCCGCUCCAAAGAGAUCUCCAAGAGCAACGUGGUGGAUGACAUGGUCCAGUCAAACCCAAUUUUAUACCAGCCCGGAGAAAAACCCGACCACUGUGUGGUGAUUAAGUAUGUCCCCUAUGUGGGAGACAGCAAGCGUGCCAUGGACGAGUACACUUCUGAGAUAAUGAUGGGAGGGACCAAUACUAUCGCACUACACAACACCUGUGAGGACUCUCUACUAGCCAGCCCAAUCAUCCUGGACCUGGUGAUCCUGACAGAGCUUUGCCAGCGCGUGACUGUCCGCCCCCAGGGGGAGGAAGACUUCCAGUCCUUCCACAGUGUCUUAGCGCUGCUCUCGUUCCUCUGCAAGGCCCCCCUGGUCCCAUCAGGGACUCCGAUCGUGAACGCCUUCUUCCGCCAGAGAGCCUGCAUAGAAAACAUCAUGAGGGCAUGCCUCGGCCUUCCUCCUCAGAACCACAUGCUGCUGGAGCACAAGCUGCAGAAAGACUUCCUGCCUCCACAUACGACCCACAUCAGUCGCAACGGGGCUGCUUUGAAAAAAGUUGCCCUUACCAAUGGGAACCAUAUACCCCUAACAAAUGGCUUCUGUGCGCAUGCCAAUGAUGCAGAACAUGCAUUAUGACCGCAAAAACAACACUACAGGCCAAGAUAGACCUGAAAUAUAAGUUUGACACCUUGUUUAAAAAGACCAAAGGCCCUUAUUGAUCAAGCUGUCAUUGUGAAACAAAAAUUUAAGCAACACUGGUUUGCAGAGUCAACUUGAAAUUUAUGUAAUGUAUGUACAAUCAUGGGUAUUUUUAGCAAGUCUUGGCCUAUUAAAGGAUGGUGUAGUGCUGCAACAUUGCUAUCAUACAUGCAGUUAUGUCUGCUAUAGCUACUGAGUCAACAGAGGCCUAUAUGAAGAUGAUAAUCUGAGUGUCCACACUGCAUAAUAUUGUUGAAGGCAGGCUAUUUUGUGAAAGUAUAAUUCACAGUAUUUUAUUGUUGUUCAGGAUUAACCAUUUAUUGAAUAUUUUAAAAAGUAAAUGCUGCAUUUUAGUUUUCUUUGCGGUGGUUGGAUCUUUAUUUAAGUCGUUUUCCAUGUGUCAUGCAAUUGUAAAAUACAGUUGUACAGUAUAGUCCUCAGAAAUCGUUUCAUGUGUUAAACAAGCAUAUGUGACACUGAUGUUGCAGCUAUGAAAAUGAAAUUGAUAAAUUGCUGUAAUUGUUUGAAUAUACUGUACAUUAGCGAAGUGAAUGAGGGGCAUCUCCUGAACUUACUGUAUUUUGUGUGAUUGUGUGUCGCUGCCUUUUUGUCGGUGUUUCUGUGUGAAACUACAGCCUAUGACAAAACAUGGAGGUAGUUUUGACUAUUUUGUUAAAGAGCAACACAGGCUAUUUAUAUACAGUAAAUGUUUUAGUAUUGUUAGAACUUCAAAUAUCUGAGGUAUGAAUUGUUGUGUUUGUCUUUUUAAUUCACCUUUCCUCAUAUUGAGCUGUCUCUCAAGUUCAAUUAUGCUUUAUUUGUGUAAAUGGGUAAUAGCCAUUGUUGCAAAAGAAACUAUAUGAUACACCAUAUAAGAAAGACGGCAAUGUGAAACAAGCACAUGCAAAACCAGUGUCUUUUAAUCUAUGAUUGAUAUUAGUCAAGUGAGUAUCUCCUUUGUGUGCAAGCACACACUGAACACUAUGGCUGGAUGUUAAACCUCAGUACGUGUUUUGUUUUGACUAAAAUGUGUCUCCUCAGCACAGAUUAUCAAGAUGGCGCUGAAUGUCUGCUGACUUGUUCACAUCUAUCUGUUCUUUUACAGUUCCUGGCUUAAAUGAAAUAAAAUGAGAUUUUGAUGUCGUUGCAUUUGGA